UACAAAAUGGAAGAUAAACUUAAUUUUGAUCAACAAGCAUCAAAUAAUGGUCAUGUGCAAUGUCGAAGUGGCAAAGCAGCCACUUCUAUUAUAGGUACAAUUAAUGAAGAAAUUGAGAGGGUUCUUGAACAAAAUUCUGAUUUGUCAGGAGAAGAGAAGGAGAGAUACAAACAACGAUUUCGCGAGAUCUAUGAUACGUCCUUUCAGCAAAACAUUGCAAUAGGAGAACAGCAUUGGUCAUCUCAAGACAACGAAGAUACAUCAGAAUUUGAACCAUGUGAUGUGAAGAAAAGAGCAUUGUUCAAUGAAAUUGUUAUUCCCAGACUUGACAAUGCCAUAAUGUCUACAGCAAGAAAGAGAAAACACACAUGUAGACUGUGUCGUGAAAAAGCUGUAGACUUGUCUAAUCUAUCGCUUUCUCACUUGGUGGAACUGAAAUUGAUCAAAGACGAGAAAGUGCUUGCUAAGGAUGUCUCAGAAAAUGGUCUGUUGUUAAGCCAGUUGUGCAGAGACCGACUACAGAGUUCCAGCUGUUGUCUUGCUUCUCUUACAAAGUCUGUAUCGUCAACAGUGGAUAAAUCUGUGAGACUACAAAAGGCAGUUGAGAUGCACAAGGACAUGGAGAGUUCCGCCAUUGAUAACAUACUGAAUGAAAACAGUGUGCUGUGCGGCAGUGACGUUACACCUCUAAAGAAAAGAACUUUAUGUGGAAGCUCACACACCAAGUCUGCAGAAAACAGCUGCCUGCAGUCGAGUUUGUGUUUAAAAUCUCAGUGUGUUUUGAGGAAGACGUGAAACGCUCUUCAAAAACAGAAAGCUUCUGCUACAUAUUUUAAAAACCUCUAGGAUUAUUAAUAACUGUAUGCAGUGGUUCAUUAAACAGUGAGGGCAGUUUCAGAAAUUAUCAUAUAUAGAGGAGACCGAAAACCUUUUUUCUCUCACCCAAAAAUCCAUGGUAAAGGUUUGGCUUAAUUUGCGUAACUUCUUUUCCAGCAGGAAUGAAAACAAAAAUAGUAAGGGAGAAAAAUAUUUGUUUAGACUUGAACAUCAGUUCUUGCCCAGCCCCGAUGAAUUUGUUUUCGUAAUAACAAAACAUAAAGAUUUAUGUUUUUUAAAUAGAGGAUUAAUCCAACAUUAUCGCAAUGUUCUACUCAUGAUUUAAUUUGUUCAAUAUACAUAAUAAAAUGAUAUGCUACAAGAGUUUGUCUUAAGCUACAUAAUAAUAAACGGUAUUGGGACAGCUGUUCAGACAACCACAUUUCAAAAGUACUUGGUUUUCUUAGGACCAUGUAUUGUACUUCUGGUUCAUAUUUAAUUUCUUGUUUAGAAUUAUUGAUAGUAUUUUUUUGAAUUCGUAACCUGACCUCUUAUCUGUGGCAUUUCCUCCCUAUUCCAUUAGACCGGUCCGAACAUCUUCAAUCUUCCAACGUUGGAUUAUGCAUAACUCUUCUAGUGGUGCCAACCCUGGAAAUCUAUAUCCAAUCCUUUGAGGAACACCAUGAUUGGAAGGCACAGCAGUUGGAUUCGCUGGGAGUGUCUUGGGUGGGUGGGGUGGGGAUAGGCGGUUUCGGCUGUAGGGUGUAUUAGGUAUGUCCUGGGGUAUUAGGUAUGUCCCCUUGGCUGGUCACACUGACGGAUCCCAUAUGACUGAUGCUCCUCUGUUUUUCCCACCUACUAAAUAACUUCCCUGUCAACCUCCAACCUCCGGUCCUUGCGCCCCCCCCCCCCCCCAUACCAACCUCCUAAGGGCAAAUAAAUAAAAUUAAAUAUAAAUUAUAUUUAAAUAAUUUAUUUUAGGCUAAAUUCUAAAUUAAGCGACAAAAUUUCUCAAUGAGUACAAAUGUAUGUUAUUUUUUGUUAUACUUUAUUAAUCUCCCCUCUUCCAUUUUUUAAGUAAUAUUCUAAAUUGUCCUUUUAACUUUCUGUCCUUGGUCAGGUCUCUGGGUAUACAGAGACAGGACCCGGAAUACACAUGCUUGAAACCGUAGUGGUAUAUGGGCAUGUUAAAAAAGUUCAAGCUCAAGGUCCGAACAUCCCAAUAGCCAAUGAAAUUGCUAACAUCUUCCAAUGAUCCCUGGAAUUGCGGUUUCGGGCGUAUGAUAAUAACUUCUUUCUCCUUGGCCAUUUUUACAUUUGUGGUUGUCUUAAUGUCUACAGGGGGGCAGGCUUUAGCUCAGUCGGUUGAGCUCUAGGCUGAAGUGCUUGCGUCGCAGGAUCAAACCACCUUGGUGGAUCCAUUCAACUGAUUGGGGUUUUUUCUCAUUCCAACCAGUGCACCACAAUUUAUC